UAGACCAUGUCCAACGGUGGAUUUCACCCGGUCCAUAAGAGAAAUCCUUAAGCAUAAUUGUAAUUAAAUACUAUUAUUAGCGUUAAAUCGACGAAGGAUUGGUCCGUCGCAGCGGACUUAAGGAUUCAAUCCUUAGCCACGCGUCACGUGGUGAGUGGAUCGAAUUUGUGUUUGGUUUGUGUAGGGUCGAAAAAAAAAAUCAUUCUCGAGCCAAACCGAAAAAAAAAAACUCCUCUUCGACAUAAGGCGAUUUCGAGACGAUUCUGCUCGAUCUCUCAUCCUCGGCUCGUGUAAGAUAAACGAUAAUGGGACGAUACAGUUACAGCCAGCCUUCUUCCUCCUCACACUCUCCAGACUUAACCUCCCUCCUUGAAGCCGAAUGUGAGAUGUACGCGGCUGAAGCUGAGAUUACUCGGUGGAAUGCAGAAGCCAGUGACUGGGAACCAUCAGCAGAGGGUGAUGAUGGCAUCCCAAGGACAUGCUACUGUGGUUCAGAGCCAGUUCACGGAUACUCCCAAACGCCAAAAGAUCCAUACCGACGUUACAUAACGUGCUCCAAUGCCGAUGAUAGAGACUGCCACGUCUGGAAAUGGUGGGACGUGGCGGUGGAGGAGGAGCUGAGAGAGUUUCAGAGGGAGCUUAAUGCGGUUAAGGGUGAAGCGAAUCAACGUGAGCAGAAGUUACUCCGUCUUGAGAAGCAAGUUUCCGAGUUCACAAAGAAGAAAUCAGGAGCUAAGCUAAUGGUCUUCAGCUUAGUGUUAGGGUUGGUGUUGCUUAUUGUGCUAGGAAUACUUGGAAAGGAUUCAGAGGAUUGGGGCGUACGUGCUUUGUUUCUUUAACGAGGUUCGCAUGUGGGAAGGAGUCACGGGUCUUUAUCUGAUGGAGUAGGAAUCACGGGUGAUGGAGUAGGAUUCACGGGUGAUGGAGUAGGAAUCACGGGUGUAGUUGUAUGAGUCACGGGUCACUCUCUCUAGCAUAUGUAUUAUAAGUAGUAGUUGUAGUCUUUGCAGUGUAGUCUCAUUGUUUUCCUCUUGAGAGUCAAGUUCAUGUUUUCAGAGAGUUUCUAAAGUACUCUCAUUGUUUUCCUCGGAUCAUAUGUAACAUUUCACGGAUCAUAUGUAAGCUUCACUUUGUAUCAAAACUUAUGUAACAUUAUAUUCUUCUUUGUAUCAAAACUUAUGUAACAUUAUCUUCUUCUUUGCUUACAUAAUCUUGUUUACAUAAUCUUCUCUUUGUAUCAAAACCGCUGCACAUAAUCUUGUUUACAUAAUCUUGUUUACAUAAUCGGCUGAUAGAAUAUAACUGUUAAUAAUCAUGCUAACAUAAUUUUGUAAACAAUCUUGUUAGUAAUCUUGUUAUUAAUCUUGUUUACAUAUCUCUUUGAUCCAUCUUUGUUAAUAAUCUUGUUAUUAAUCUUGUUUUAGAUAUGCACAUUUGAUUCCUCUUUCAACAUUCCACGUGAAGGUUACAUCGUACAAUACAGUGAGACACUUGUUCUUUUGGUGCUGAGAUCUUCAUCGUCAAACCGGUUAGUAAAAUCACAAACGGUUUGUAAAAUCACAAACCAUCAAAUUUUUUUUUUUUUUUGUAAUAUGACUAGUAUUUUAAAUAACAGCUCAAAACUAAAGUUCUAUAAUAAUCGUAAUAUGACUAUUUAAAAAAAAAAUGUGCAUAUCUAAAACAAAAUAAAAUUUUAUUUAUCUUUAAAGUUCAAUAAUAUUCCUAAUAUGAGAAUGUUCAAAAUUAAAGUUUUAUAAUAUUGUUAAUAUGAUAAACUUUAUUUUAAAAAGUUCAGAAUUAAAGUUCAAUAAUAUUCCUAAUAUGAGAAGGUUCAAAAUUAAAGUUUUAUAAUAUUGUUAAUAUGAUAAAAAUUUGUUGAUGAAAGGUUCAAACUUAAAGUUUUAUAAUAUUGUAAAUAUGAUAAACUCUAUUUAAAAAAGUUCAAAAUUAAAGUUUUCUAUGAUUAACAUAUUAGGACUUCUUAAAAUGUCAACAUCUUCAUCCGAUGGUCUAGACGAAAGAAUAGACGAACUUGUUGAUGAAAUAGUUGAAGAUUACUACAACGACAUAGUGGAGGACCAACCCGAUGAUGAGGCGAACCGUGCUUAUAUUGAACGAGACCGUGAAGGAGGAGAUGAUCAGUUAUGGAAUGACUACUUCAGUGAAGACCCGACAUACUCGGCACAAAUAUUUAGAAGACGUUUCCGCAUGAACAAGAAUUUAUUCCUGCGUAUUGUCAGAGCCCUCAAGCAGAACUUUAUAUUCUUUCAGCAGAGAAAAGAUGCAACCGGUAGGUGGGGUCUAUCAUCACUUCAAAAGUGUACGGCGGCUAUUCGUCUGCUUGCUUAUGGUACAGCGGCUGACUCGGUUGACGAAUAUCUCCGACUUGCGGACACUACAGCACACUCUUGUUUACAUCAUUUCACUGACGCAGUUAUACACUUAUUUGGUAAUGAGUAUCUACGACGACCCACAAAGGAGGAUCUUCAACGACUACUCUAUAUUGGAGAGCAACGCGGUUUUCCAGGGAUGGUCGGGAGCAUUGACUGUAUGCAUUGGGAGUGGAAAAACUGCCCAACCGCUUGGAAAGGACAAUACACACGUGGAUCCGGAAAACCGACGAUUGUUUUAGAGGCUGUAGCUUCACAAGAUCUUUGGAUAUGGCACGCUUUCUUCGGUCUUCCAGGUACCUUAAACGAUAUUAAUGUCCUCGAUCGGUCUCCGGUUUUUGACGAUAUCUUAGAAGGUCGAGCUCCGAGGGUAAGGUACAUGGUCAACGGACACAUGUAUAAGUUGGCAUACUAUCUCACGGACGGUAUAUAUCCAAAGUGGUCAACAUUUAUCCAAUCUAUCAAACCAAUUUCAUUGUUGCCAUUAAAAGCACGAGCUACUUGAACAGGAGCUUCAGACCUAAGCUUGUUGUUAGUUGCCUGAUCGAAUUGAACAAUGUUGUUCAUCUUCUUCUACUUUAGCUUUCCUUUGCUCCACUUAUGUCGAAGAAAUGAAAAGAGCAAAGUAAGCAAAAGGAAAUAUGAUUCAAGAGAAUAUGAGAUUUGAUAGGAGAUUACUUUCUUCUGCGUUCCACCUCCGGAUCUGGCGGGGUUUAGAGAUUGGUAGUGGACCAUUUUUCUUUUUUUGGUGCCUGGAAUCAGCAAGAGAAACCGUUAUCAUAUCAUCAUCAUCAUCAUCAUACGAAGUCAAAUAUAUAGAGAUUUACUCUGUUACCUUCGAGGAGUGGGAAGAUGAUUGAACGCGUGAGAUAGUGGAAAGAGUUAUAUAAAUCAAGUAAAUGUGUUCUUCAAUGUGGUGAAUUAAUUAUUAGCUCAGGCGUUACAUAGCCAUGUGUAAAGAAAAUGUGCAAUCUGAAUCAAUCGUCACGACGGAGACUCUGUUUCGUUAGUAACCAGAGGAAGAGAACGGAUUGGUAAGCCUGAUUGAUUGGGUUUGGGUCAAUUAAAAAAAGUCCAGAGCCAAAAACGAAACAAAACCCAUUCAAAACAAAAUUGAAGCCCAUACUCGAAAAUGAAAUGUUGUGAUUGGAUGAUUAUUUUUGAUGAUGUGGAUAGGCUAAAAAUUCAGGAUAUCUGGCUUUUAGUAGUGUUAGAUGAUAUGAAUUAUGGACUAAUUAAGAAAUAAUUCUGACACCAGGGUUAUAAAAAAGAGAGAAGCUUCGAAUUGGUAAUCAUCGUAAGAAAUAAUAUCCUCCAGUCUCUACCAACUUAGAUGAUUGGAUAAUGUUGUUUUCAAACAUAUAUUAUGUAACAUCGGCAUGUAAAUCCUUCUUCUGAUUACAAACAUUUGAUAGACCCUGGGACAUAAUUUAAAAUAAGCCCUCCAACAUAUAAAUACAUGCAAAUUACAAAAUUAUUACUACAACUAAAAUACUAAACAAAAAAAAAAUAGAUUUAGCAACUGAUUUCUUGUAAAUGUAACCACCAGAAUCAUAAAAAUACUUAUGUUGUGCUUCUCCUUUUUCUUAACUUUUCUAGCAAAGUUUUUAUACUUUGACAUUGGAUAAACAGCAGUAGUCUAAAAAAAAUCAUAAGAAACUGUUUUUUUCGAGCUGUAUUUAUGCAAAAUCAUGAAUAAUAGUUUCAAAAUUAAUGUCCUACACAUGUGAGACAUCGACCAUCGUCAAAUAUACCAAACAGGAAGGACGUGCAGAAUCAAGUUGGUCUCUGUUGACCUAUGCUUCCCUAUCCACUUGCAAAGAUUAAUAACUGCUCUUUUAUUCGAUAUUUGACGUAUUGUCACUGAUUCUGUUGCAAUUGACACGAGCUUAAUUAAACAUUUGUAGACUAGUAGUUGAAAUGAUGCUUGGGAUAAUGCACUUUUUUUUACAAAUGGAAAAGAUAAG